GACAAAAAAUGGAACACACCAGCAGUGUGAGGAGACCUGAAAGUGGCACAUGGCAGAGUGUGGCGAUGGAGACAGCAGCAAUGGGAGGUCCGUACAGGGACCCAUGAGAGACUCUGGACCUGGCAGCAGCAUGAGGAGGCGGUAUGUAUAGGGCCCAUGGCAGAUUAGGGGCCUGGCAGCAGCUAUGGGAGGCCCGUAAUCUGCCGCACCCUAUGACAAAAAAUUGGAAACACACCAGCAGUGUGAGGAGACCUGAAAGUGGCACAUGGCAGAGUGUGGCGAUGGAGAAGCAGCAAUGAGAGGCCGUACAGGGACACCCAUGACAGACUCUGGACCUGGCAGCAGCAGG